AUGGACGAAGAUGCAGAUCAAGGGACAUUAGCCUUGCGGGGAAUACAUGUCGAUACUGUCGCCAUAGCGAUAAUGCCGUUGAUGCCAAGUGCAGAUAAAUGGAAGGAAGCCAAGGCAAGGUUUUGGAAAAAGGAUCCACGCCUCUCGGAGGAAAUGAUUCUGGAUUCAUUAGGCUGGGGACCUAUCACAUGGAUUCUACGAGCGUUUGAGACGAUGAUGCAACAUAAAGACGUGAUUCUUGCGAGAAACGGCGUUGAUCUGAUAACACUACUCCUAAGCGCUCUUACAGCCCUCGUGGAUUCAGCCUUCUACCUGGUCGACUUCAGAGAGUACCUAUCAUCUACUCUGAUACGACUUCUUAUCAUUAAAGAUAAGAAAGAGGAGGAGAUAAGAACUCUCCUCAAGCUUCUACGUCUUGUGCUUCAGUUGCGUCCAUCAACACCUGAAAGACAGGGGUUUUUCGACAACGAGGAAAAAACACAACAACUGAGAGAUAUACUCGCAGACGUUUAUGGCAGCCAAAAUGAAAUUGACUCGUCUGUCGAUCUGGCCAAAAGUCUCAAGAUUUCACCACCUAAGGGUCGAAGCAAUAUGCCUCAAAGCUUCAAAGACGUGAUGGAAGCAAAUCGGAUAUUUUUCAUGACGGAAUUAGGGUACGUCGGCAUUGGGCCUUUGUCGAUGAAGCCUGGUGACCAUGUUUGUGUUCUUUACGGUGGAAGCACGCCUUUUGUUGUGCGACCGGUGGACGGUGCUGGUGAUGAAGAUUGUUUGUUCUUAGGGGAAUCUUUUGUCAACGGGCUGAUGAAUGGAGAGGCUUUGGAUGACGAGGACGCUAUUGAGAAACAGUUUCGUUUAAGGUGA